GGCAGCACUGGCAGAGCCAGGAGCGGGACUGCCCAAGCCAUGGAGCGAGAGCCGAUGCGCAUAAGGGAGGGAUACUUGGUUAAGAAGGGCAGCAUGUUUAAUACCUGGAAGCCAAUGUGGGUUGUGCUCUUAGAAGAUGGAAUUGAAUUCUACAAGCGGAAGGCUGAUAACAGUCCCAAAGGGAUGAUCCCACUAAAAGGAAGCUCUAUUCACAGCCCAUGCCAAGAUUUUGGCAAAAGAAUGUUUGUCUUCAAGCUCACUGUGGCCAAGCAGCAGGACCACUUUUUUCAAGCUGCCUACCUGGAGGAGAGAGAUGCCUGGGUGCGGGAUAUCAAGAAAGCAAUUCAUCACAUAGAUGGAGGCCAAAGGUUUGCCAGAAAAUCCACGAGGAAGUCCAUCAGAUUGCCUGAAACAAUCAAUCUGAGUGCUUUGUACCUCUCCAUGAAAGAUCCUGAAAAUGGAAUAAAGGCCUUGAAGCUGGAAAAAGAUAAAAGAGUGUUCAAUCACUGCUUUACAGGCACCGGUGUGAUUGACUGGCUGGUGUCCAGCAGCUCUGUCCGAAAUCGCAGAGAAGGUCUCCUGCUUGCCUCUUCCCUCUUGAGUGAAGGCUACCUGCAGCCUGCUGGGGACACGUCCAAGGCAGCUGCUGAGGGACUGUCAGACACCCCCUUCCUGGACCUCAGUGAUGCCUACUAUUACUUUCCAGACAGUGGAUUUUUCUGUGAGGGAUACUCCAGUGAUGAUGAUGUGGUCCUAAAAGAAGAAUUCAGAGGCACAAUUGUCAAACAAGGAUGUUUGCUGAAACAGGGACAUCGGAGGAAGAACUGGAAAGUGAGAAAGUUCGUUUUAAGAGAUGAUCCUGCAUAUCUUCACUACUAUGAUCCUGCUGGAGGAGAAGAACCACUGGGAGCAAUUCACUUGAGAGGCUGCGUGGUGACAGCAGUGGAAGAUAUGCCAGACACCAAGAAGCAUGAUGCUGACAACAUCCUCUUUGAAAUCAUCACAGCAAAUGAAAUCCACUAUUACUUGCAAGCAGCCUCAUCCACAGAGCGUACAGAGUGGAUCAAAGCAAUCCAGUCAGUUUCUAGGACUGGUAAAUGAAGAUGAUCUUCCAACAAGAAGACAGACAAAUUUAUU